AUCACAAUGCACGCGCCCGCUCGAUGUAAACAUAAUACACGUGAUGUUCUAUAGUUGUACACGAAUCGCGCCACGUUGAUUUUUCCACAGGCAGAAAAUUUGAACGCCAUCUGAUUAUAACAGAGACUUUUACUAAAUAUUGUACCGAAAACGCCUAACGAAAUCUAGUUAUUUGAAGGAGAAAUGGAAGAAGAUUUUGCCGUAGAUAACACAACAAAACUGAAGGCGUAUACGUGGUGUCAAGAAUAUCUUGGAGGCGUAUGGACGCAGAUCGACUUGGAAGAUUUCCACAUCCGUGAUUUGAGUUUGGGCAAAAGCACCAACAAGCAUUAUAUUUGCAGUUUACCGCCCCACCGGUCGCCGAUAUUUGGGGAACCUAGGACCACUUUGCUGCGACUUUUCAAGCAUCCUGUGUUGGCCAACAAGCGAGCUAAAUGCACUACCGAGCCAGGCGAGGUCCUUCUCCGCGUCUACGGCGAGAUCUUCUUUGAGGGCGAGACGCCGCUUCUUGACACCGUGAUCUUCUCGUUGCUCUCGGAGAGGAGGCAAGCUCCGAAGCUCUACGGGGUCUUCAGCGAGGGACGACUUGAAGAAUUCAUUCCAUCCCGUGCCCUAAGAACCGAUGAACUAUCGAAUCCGGAACUCUCUAGGAUCAUCGCCGGCAAGCUAGCUGGCUUCCAUCAACUCCAGCUUCCUCUGUGUAAGACACCAAGAUGGCUGGACCAAGUGCUAGACAAAUGGUUCAACAAGGCUCUUGGAUUGACCUUCGAAGAUGACAGUAACCAACAGUUCAUGAAACAGAUUAUGGCCUUCGACCUUGAUGAAGAGAGAAUAUUUAUCAAGAGACUGUUGUCACAGACGAAGAGUCCAGUUGUCUUUGGUCACAAUGAUUGCCAAGAAGGAAACAUCCUUCUCACCAGCGGGGAGAAUACAGACGAGAAGAACCUCAUCCUCAUUGAUUAUGAGUAUUCAAGCUAUAAUUUCAGAGAGUUUGAUUUGGCCAAUCACUUUGUUGAAUGGUCCAUGAAUUAUUGCAUCAAGGACGCGCCCUACUUCUCCCUCAAGCCGGAGGACUUCCCCUCCAGAGAGCAGCAGCUGAUAUUCAUCAGGGCGUACCUCGCAGCCAACCGAGAGAUGGGCGUGUACCAGCCAGGUUGCCAUGGGGACUCGGCAGACGAAGAAGAAGCUAUUCUACGAGAAGUGAAAAGGUUCUGUCCAGUCAGCCAUUUUGUAUGGGCUCUGUGGUCUAUCGUUCAAGCUAAAAUAUCCCACACAACCUUUGGGUACAUGGAAUACGCCGUCGCGAGGUUCAAGGAGUAUUUCCGGCACAAGGCCUUGAUCCCGCUGGACAUGCUCCCGUCGACCGCCGAUCAGAGGAACCACGGAACCACCGACGAAAGUGCCUCGACCCAACCCAUUGACCAGAGACGAGCCAUCGUCACCUGAAAUCUGCAAUUAACCGCGGUGACAAAUCAGACUCGGACAAUGCAAUGAAAACCAUGAUAAUAAUGAUACAGUCAAACCUGUCUAUAGCGACCACCCAAGGGAAACACAAAAAGUGGCCUUUGUAGACAGGUUCCUUUAGUACAUGUUUCGAUAAGAAACCAUUUCCGAGGGAAACAACAGAUGUGGUCUUUGUAGACAGGUGGUCACUAAAGCAGGUUUGACUGUACAAUGCCAUAAUGACAGCCACGAUGCUAAAGCGGGGAUAGUCACUGUAGAGCGCCAAGAGUUUCAACUCUGACAGACAUGAGCGCUCUCCAAAAACCUACUGUUAUCAUCGUUUAUUAUUAUUUUAUUGUUAUGAUGAAAAUUGAAAUUGUCCGACCUUUGUUAAGCUUUUAAUGCCAAUAUUUGACAGACAUGAGAGCUACACAAAAACCCACUGUUAUUAUUGUUAUUACUAUUAUUAUCAUUAUUAUUGUUACAACGAAAAUUGACAUUGUCCGACCUUUGUUUAGCUUUUAAUGCCAAUAUUUGACAGACAUGAGAGCUACACAAAAACCUGCUGCUAUUAUUGUUAUUACUAUUAUUAUCAUUAUUAUUGUUAUGAUGAAAAUUGAAAUUGUCCGACUUUUGUUUAGCAUUUAAUGCCAAUAUAUGUAAGUUUUAUACAAACGUGUA